AUGGAGGAAAAAAACAAAAUAGAGCUCGACAUUGAGAGCAUUGUGCCAACUGAAAGCCAUGACAAUCCUAAAUCAGAACAUCCUACUGAAGAUGCUCAAAAAGGUGUCAAAGAAGUUGAGGCAGUGACCUUGACUUGGUCCAAGGCUACAUUGAUUGCAGUCUUUAUCAAUAUCUGGCUCCUCUAUUUCGUCAAUGCUAUGCAGUCCUCUAUUCUUUACAACUUGAUCCCCUACGUUACUAGUGAUUUCUCUUCUCACUCAUUGCUCAAUGUCAUCUACAUUGUCGCCAGUGCCAUCUCUGCAGCCGUAUAUAUUCCAUUGGCCAAAGUGUUAGAUGUCUGGGGCCGUGCUGAGGGCUUCCUUCUCAUGACCAUAUUUGCUACCUUGGGUCUGGUCUUGAUGGCUGUUUGCCACAAUUUGCCCACUUUUUGUGCUGCCUAUGUCUUUUAUAGCAUUGGUUUUGGCGGCAUGACCUUCUCUGUUGACGUGAUUACAGCUGAUUCAUCCAAACUCAAGAAUCGAGGUUUGGCUUACGCUUUUACAUCCUCUCCCUACAUGAUCACUGCAUUUGCUGGUGCUAAAGCAGCAGAAGGCUUUUAUUACAACAUCAGUUGGAGAUGGGGUUUUGGCACAUUCGCCAUUGUGUUCCCUAUCGUAGCUGCCCCCUUGUACUUUAUCCUCAAGUUUAAUCUUCGCAAGGCUAUCAAACAACACAACGUUGAAAAGGUUGACAGUGGUAGGACAUUUUUGCAAAGCGUUUGGCAUUUCAUCAUCCAAUUUGACAUUGUCGGUGUUCUCAUCUUCUCUGUUGGUCUCACUGUCUUUUUGCUUCCAUUCAGUAUUGCUGAUAGCGCUCCUAAUGGCUGGGCUACUGGGUAUAUCAUUGCGAUGAUUGUUGUUGGUUUUGUGAUGCUUAUUAUCUUUGUCUCAUUUGAAACAUUUGUUGCUCCUGUACCACUGUUCAAUUAUAAGCUGCUCUCUGAUCGCACCAUCAUCGGUGUUUGUUUAUUGAAUGCAACUUAUCAGAUCUCUUACUAUUGUUGGGCAAACUACUUUACAUCCUUCUUGCAAGCUGUUAAUAACCUCUCGCUGGCCGAAGCUGGUUAUGUUGGCAACACAUUUGAUGUUGUUUCUGGUGUGCUCUUGCUGGGUGUUGGCUAUUUAAUCCGUAGAUUCGGUCGUUUCAAGUGGUUGUUGUACAUUGCUGUCCCACUUUACAUCUUCGCACAAGGUUUAAUGAUUUAUUUCCGUCGUCCUAAUCAAUCCGUUGGUUACCUUGUCAUGUGUCAAGUUUUUAUCUCUAUCGGUGGAAGCACCUUUAUUAUUGUACAGCAAGUCGCAAUUUUAGCAGCUGUCGAUCAUCAACAUGUGGCAGCAGCUCUUGGUAUAUUGUCUGUCGUUGGUACAGCCUCCAAUGCUAUUGGUGCUACCAUCUGUGGAGCUAUUUGGGCCAACACAUUCCAAUACGCACUUGCUGCGUAUCUCCCUGCUGAAGGCAUGGAAAAUUUUGACAUGAUCUACGAGGACUUGGAGACUCAAUUAAGCUAUGAAAUGGGUAGCCCUGUAAGAAUAGCUAUUCAAGAAGCUUACGGCUAUGCACAAACAAGAAUGCUUGCUGCUGGUACUGGUAUCAUGGGCUUGUGUAUCAUUUGGGUUCUUUUGAUUAGAAACAUUGAUCUUGCAAAGAUUUCACAAGUCAAAGGCACAGUCUUUUAG